CAUCCCGCACAGCAAAACAACAUUCACGUGCACAUUAUCAUUUUCCUUUGAAUCUUUGAUGAUAUUAUUGAUCUUUCUUCUCCCAUCUGCGUUAUUAUGCUUUUGCCUUUAUCAAGUGCGUGCUACACAUUCUGCCAGCUGUCCAUUUCCAGAGUCACUUAAGUUAUCAAAACAAGACAACUACUUGGUGUUGCAGGUCAAAGAAACAUUCGGGGUGGAGGAUGAUGCUACCUAGGACCUUCUUUGCUUUCUUACUCUUUGCACUGAGUUGCUUCAGAUGGCUGGAAUACGCAGAAUCCAAACUACCCAAACUACCCCAAGAGGAGGUUGAUGCUCUUAAAGAAAUCACUAGCACGAUGGGUGCAACCUAUUGGGAGUUUGAUAGCGAUUCUUGUCAUAGUAAAAUGCUGAGAUUAACACCAGAGCCACCUAAAGGAUCUCAAAGCAGCAUUGAUUGUGAUUGCACUUCUGAAAAUAACACCUGUCAUGUAGUUGGGAUUACCUUCAAACGGCUCAACCUUCCUGGCAUGCUUCCACCUUAUUUGGCUAAGCUUCCUAACCUCACACAAGUUGAUUUUGCUUUGAACUACCUAAGUGGUACGAUUCCAAAGGAGUGGGGUUCAACAAAACUAACUAAUAUCUCUCUAUUUGUUAAUCGUAUAUUUGGGGAAAUUCCUAAGGAGUUGGGAAGUAUUACCACUCUAACAUACCUGAAUCUCGAAGCAAAUCAAUUUUCUGGUGUUGUUCCCCACGAACUUGGAAGUCUCUCUAACCUGAAGACUUUGAUUUUAUCAUCCAAUAAAUUAUCUGGGAAGUUACCGGUGACAUUUGCUAAGUUGCAGAAUUUGACAGAUUUCAGGAUAAGUGAUAACAGUUUCAACGGAGAAAUACCUAGCUUCAUACAGAAUUGGAAAUCACUUGAAAGAUUAGAUAUGCUUGCAAGUGGAAUGGAGGGCCGUAUCCCAUCAAAUAUAUCUCUUUUGAGUAAUUUAAAUCAGUUGAAGAUUAGUGACAUAAAUAGUCCAAGUCAGGAUUUUCCUAUGUUAAGAAACAUGACAGGAAUGACAAUAUUAGUUUUGAGAAAUUGUCAUAUUACUGGGGAGCUUCCUAGUUACUUCUGGAGCAUGAAGAAUUUGAAUAUGUUGGACGUCAGUUUCAAUAAGUUGGUUGGGGAAAUACCAGUCAUCGAUGUACCUGUGGGGCAUCUGAGAUUUCUCUUCCUAACUGGCAACAUGCUAAGUGGUAAUCUACCUGAGUCACUCUUGAAGGAUGGAAGCAGUCUUGACCUUUCUUACAACAAUUUUACGUGGCAAGGACCAGAUCAACCUGCUUGUAGAGAUUACCUAAAUUUAAACUUAAACUUGUUCCGGAGCUUCUCAGGGACCAAAUUACGGGGGCUUCUUCCAUGUUCAAAGAUCUCCAAUUGUCCUGCAUAUUCACACUGUUUUCAUGUUAAUUGUGGUGGAAAGAAUGUAAAGGUGAUGGAAAAUGAUGAAAAUAUUCAAUAUGUAGGAGAUGAUGGUGCGUUAGGUAGUAGUGCUGCUAAAUAUUUCAUUGAUUAUGAAAAUCACUGGGGAUUUAGCAGCACUGGAGAUUUCUUGGAUGAUGGUGAUUACCUAAAUUCACGUUACAUUAGGUCUUUGCCGUCUUCAAAUUUGCCUGAACUAUAUAAAACGGCUCGUGUUGCUCCAAUUUCACUUACUUAUUUUCGCUAUUGCAUGGAAAAUGGGAAAUAUACUGUAAAACUCCACUUUGCAGAAAUACAAUUUUCAAACGAUAACACAUACAGUAGUCUUGGGAGGCGCUUAUUUGAUAUUUAUGUUCAGGGAGCAUUAUUUAGGAAGGAUUUUAAUAUUGAAGGUGAAACGCAUGUUGCUCAAAAACCGUAUAUACUGUCCUUAUAUAAUGUCAAUGUAACAGACAAUAUUCUGGAGAUUCAAUUCUACUGGGCUGGCAAGGGGACUACAAGGAUUCCUGUUAGUGGAGUUUAUGGUCCCCUCAUAUCAGCUUUCUCUAUUGUUUCUGAUUCUAAACCUUGUACAGACCAAAAAAAUGUAAGGCAUAAGAUAAUCGUUGGAGUUGGAUUUGGAGUUACAGCUCUAUGCCUUGUCAUUAUCAUAGUUGGAAUCUUUUGGUGGAAGGGCUACUUCAAAGGAAUAAUUAGGAAAAUAAAAGAUACUGAAAGACGAGAUUGUUUAACGGGGACAUUUACGUUAAAACAAAUUAGAGAUGCCACUGAGGAUUUCAGUCCUGAUAACAAGAUUGGAGAAGGUGGUUUUGGUCCUGUCUACAAGGGUCAAUUAUCUGAUGGUACAUUGGUAGCAGUCAAGCAACUCUCAUCAAGGUCACGGCAGGGAAACGGUGAAUUUUUGAAUGAGAUAGGCAUGAUAUCUUGUUUGCAACACCCUAAUCUUGUGAAACUUCAUGGAUUUUGCAUUGAAGGGGAUCAAUUGAUAUUGGUGUAUGAGUACAUGGAAAAUAAUAGCCUGGCUCAUGCUUUAUUCAGCUCAAAAGAUCAACUUAAACUUGAUUGGGCAACAAGGCUUAGGAUCUGUAUUGGCAUAGCAAAAGGUCUUGCAUUUCUACACGAAGAAUCAAGACUCAAGAUUGUUCAUCGAGACAUCAAAGCUACUAAUGUGUUACUGGAUGGGAAUUUAAACCCUAAAAUAUCUGACUUUGGGCUGGCUAGGCUUGAUGAAGAGAAAACCCAUGUCACCACCCGAAUCGCUGGGACAAUAGGAUAUAUGGCACCAGAAUAUGCAUUAUGGGGUUACUUGUCUUACAAGGCUGAUGUUUACAGUUAUGGGGUUGUGGUCUUCGAAGUUGUUAGUGGGAAGAACUACAAGAAUUUUAUGCCAAGUGAUAAUUGUGUUUGCCUUUUAGACAAGGCAUUUCAUCUGCAGCGUGCAGAAAAUUUAAUAGAGAUGGUUGAUGAAAGGUUGCGAUCAGAGGUAAACCCAACUGAAGCUAUAACUUUGAUGAAAGUAGCUCUCCUGUGCACCUCUGUAUCACCUUCACAUAGGCCUACAAUGUCUGAGGUUGUAAACAUGCUUGAAGGGAGAAUCAGCAUUCCAAAUGCUAUCCAACAACCAACUGAUUUUAGUGAAGAUUUAAGGUUUAAAGCCAUGAGGGACAUUCAUCAACAAAGGGAAAAUCACAGUUUGAGUACAAGCUAAACAAACAAGUCAACAGAAGUCCUUACACUUAGCUCUCCCUAAACAUUUGGCAAUGACCAUAUUGCAACAUGAGAUAUCCUUAGAGCAUAGCUGAGAAUAUAUUUACAUCUAGAUCCGUGUAAAUUUAUAAUUGCUCUUGAAGGGUACUUUUUUUUUAACCUUGGUAUUUCAUUUUGAGAAAUUAUUGUAUGGUUUGGUGUAAUCCUAGUUAAUCUUCAUAUGACACAAUCUCAUGUUUCCAAUUUAUGAAAACAAAAAUUGGCGUGUCAUGUGAAGAUUUCUUGAACUAAAAUGAUCACGGACCAUAUACUAAUUUCUCAUUUAAGAGGGACAUAUGAACUCCUUUUGUACAUACGCACCCUUGAACUUGGGUGUUAUAGCAAAUAUCAUUUUUGAAUAUUAGGUUAAUGCGUGUCUUAUUAAUCUUUGGGUGACUGAAAACCUGUUUGUUAUAUCAACUUAAGAACGUACGGCACAUUGCGUUUCUCCUUUUU